AUGAUAUCUAUGCCAUUCACUGUAUCAAUUGAUAAUACUCGAAUACUUCAACCACCAAAUGGUGAUGAAAAAUAUACUGUUUAUCAAGUAACUGUACGCGGUGGUUCAAACCAUAUAUCUCAUACAAUUGAUCGUCGUUAUCGUGAAUUUGAAGCAUUACACACACGUUUAUCAUCAAGUAUAUCUGUUCCACAAUUACCACGUAAAGUUUUAUUACAUCGUCGUAGUGCAAAGUUAAUUGAACAACGAAGACAAUCACUGGAAGUUUAUCUAAAUGAUAUAUUAAAACGAUGUCAACAACAAUCAAUAAUGCCAGAAGAAUUAGGACGUUUUUUACAAAUUCCACCAUAUGAUAAUGAAGAUCAAGUAAAUCAAAAUGAUCAACAAGAACAAGAUUUGAAAGAUGAUGAAAUGAAAAAUGUUCUUGAACAUGGACCAUGUAUUGCUAUAAGUGAUUAUUGUCCAUGGAAUAAUGAUAAUCGAGAAACACUUGCGGAUUCGGUGCUUUCUGGUCUAAUGUAUUCAAUGUAUGAUAUGUAA